CCAUCUUUCAUUCCAUCUUUCAUUCCAUCUUUCAUUCCAUCUUUCGUUUCAGAUUGCCUCAAUUAACGCCAACGACGAAAAAUUUCAGGUCAAAGAUUUCAGUUCAAAAAUUUCAGUUCAAAAUUUCAGGUCAACGCAUUAAUCAAUAACUUGGUUCUAAAUAUGGGCGAGAAAGUUGUCAUUAUUACCGGGGCAGCCUCGGGCAUUGGGAAGGCCCUUUCCACCAAGCUGGCGUCAAGGGGUUGGCGCGUCGGGUUGGUUGACAUCAAUGCUGAGGCGGGGAAGCAAUUAGAAACCGAAUUGGGGCCCAAUGCGUUCUUUGCUAAAGCCGACGUGGCAAGCUACGAGGCGCAGGUAGCCGCGUUCAGCGCCAUCUUCACACACUGGGGCCGGCUCGACGCCGUGUGCGCCAAUGCGGGCAUCACGGACCGCUCGUCGCUGUACAUGGUGCCGGCCGUGGGCCUGGAUCUGGCCGCCGUCGACAGCAUCCCGCCGCCGCCGGACCUCACCGCCACCGACGUCGACUACAAGGGCGUUCUCUACAGCACGCAGCUGGCCAUCCACUUCAUGCGCCACAGCCCCGGCAGACCCGGCGGCAAGAUCCUGGCCGCGUCCAGCAUCGCCGGCGUCUUCCCCCACCCCACCCUGCCCGAGUACAGCGGCGCCAAGGGGGCCGUCAUUAACUUUGUGCGCGCCGCCGGGCCCGUCCUGCGCAUCAAGGAGAAGAUUGCCCUGAGCGCCGUGUGCCCGGGGCUGAUCCGGACGCCAAUCUUCCGCGACGAGGUGUGGGCGGCGCUAGAUCCGCGAGUGCUGACGCCCGUAGAGACGGCAGUGCGCGGCUACGAGCAGCUGCUGGAUGAGGAAGGCGACGCCAAGGCCGGCGAAGUCAUCCUGUGCGUGGGCAGCGAUAUCGUGCCCGUCCCGGCCCCAGACAUGGGAGCCGGCAGCGAUGUAGACGAGGACUCGGGCGCCAAGAUGAUGGAGGCGGCCAUGGAGCCGCUCUUCAGGGCGCUGCAUGGAACGAGUUUGAUGACAUGACGCGAUUUAGAUUUGUGGUUGCAUGGCAGAACGCAACCAAGCCACGCCAAAUACAGGUCAAUAUUCCUGGCAUCUGGCCAUCCAAUAAGCCCAAUUUCCGGGUGCACCUUGUUCACAGCUAUUACUUACCUGGGUCUAUUCUAGAUAACGAGUUUAAUUCCAAAUAAAUAUUCCGUGUUAUUCUGAGACGAGUCAGGCACACCAAAAUUCCAUUUUGUCCUCGCCCACGUAAUAUUACUCACCCUGGCUUAAGCCCGCCCGGGCUCGAUGUGCUCAAGCUUCAUUAGGAACCUACCUUUGCUCACUCUAGUUACCGUUUUCGGCAGGCUGCGUGCCGGUAACAAAAAUUGUUUCCAAACCACAUGUUUAACCAGCGCCGGCACCAACUCAAUUUUACCCAAUUCAAUCGAUCAAAUA